AUGGGCGAUAGCCACCACGCGUCCGUCACGGUGCUGGCGUUCGUGACGGUUUGCCUUCGACUGCUUGCACGGUAUGAAAGGAAGCAAAGACUAUGGUGGGACGAUUACAUGAUCAUAUUUUCCUUGCUAUGGAACUUCGUCGUUGUUGGGUUUAUUUACGCUAUGAUAAAGGAAGGCAUGGGUCUUCAUGCCAACACGAUCCCAAUCAGUAACAUCGUCAUGGUUGCGAAGUUCCUAGUUGUGGCUGAGAUUCUUUACGUAUUCAACCUCGUCUGGACCAAACUCAGCAUCCUGCUCAUGUACUACCGCAUCUUCCGCUUCCCCUACUUCAAGACAUGGGCAUACAUUAUCGGCACCUUCGUCAUCCUCUGGGUCAUCUGCAUCACCUUCCUCUUCAUCUUCAUCUGCGUCCCGGUCGAAAAGCUAUGGUAUCCGCAGAUCCCAGGCCGAUGCAUCAACCAAGUCGGCACAUGGAUCGCCAACGCCGUCUCAACAAUCGCCACCGACGUCGCCAUUCUGCUCCUCCCGAUUCCACAAGUCUGGAAGCUCCAACUCCGGCUUUCCGAGAAAAUCGCCGUAUCAAUUGCAUUCAGCCUCGGCUUCUUCGUGGUCUUCGCCUCCGCCUACCGAUUCUCAGUCCUCUUCACCUACACCGCAACUGACUCCUCCUACACGCUCGCGCCAACCGUCGGCUGGACCGCCAUCGAAAUGUCCGCCGGCAUCGUCUCCGCCUGUCUCCCCACGCUGCGCCCAGCCCUCCGCUUCAUCGCACGCAAGCUGGGCAUCCACGGCCGCCUACCCGCCCUGUUCCAGAGCACAAACGGCCAAAUGUCCAAAACCUCGAAUCCGGCGACCGGCCCGUCCCACACGGAAGACAGCACCGCCACCAUAAUCCAGCACCCGGAGCGUCCCAAACGGCAUUCGUUCUACCACCUACCGGACGAGACGGGAGAGGAGGGCCAUCUGGGCACGUCUUUCAGACCGGACUAUGCGGAGACGUACACGAAUGUCCUGGGGCCGAGACUAAGUGGGCGUUUGAGUGUCGAUGAGAUUCCUUUGAAUGGUAUCCGCGUGGAUAGGGAGUUUACGCAGACGAGUAAGCGGUAG